AUGUCGGCCAAAGCUAAAACAACUGUCGCCACCGCUGAACAAAUUCUAGUACCUGAAACCCUCUUGGCAAAGAGGAAACAACAGGACAAGAUCCAAGAGGAAAAGGCCAAAGCUCGGAUAGAACAACGAAAGGCUGCCCGCCAAAAGCGUAAGGUGAUAUUUAAACGUGCUGAAAAAUAUGUCAAAGAAUAUCGCGCAGAAGAGCGUAACCAGAUUCGUCUUCGUCGUAUGGCCAAGGCCUCGGGCAACUUUUAUGUACCCGCGGAACCUAAAUUGGCAUUUGUUAUUCGUAUUAAGGGUAUCAAUAAAAUUGCACCAAAACCACGCAAGGUUCUUCAACUUUUACGUCUUCUUCAAAUCAAUAAUGGUGUAUUUGUUCGUUUGACCAAAGCAACGAAGCAAAUGCUCCAAUUAGUCACCCCUUAUGUCGCUUACGGUGAACCAAAUUUGAAGCAACGUGGUUAUGCUAAAGUCAACAAGCAACGUAUUCCCAUAACAGAGAAUACGAUCAUUGAAAAAGAGCUUGGAAAAUUUAGUAUUAUUUGUAUUGAAGACUUGAUUCAUGAGAUUUUCACUGUAGGACCCAACUUCAAGCAAGCCAACAACUUCCUUUGGCCUUUUAAACUCUCUAACCCCAACGGUGGCUGGAAUACGAGGAAGUUUAGGCAUUACGUGGAGGGCGGAGAUUUCGGUGAUCGUGAGGACAGAAUUAAUAAAUUGAUUCAUAGUAUGGUCUAA